UGUGGCGCGGGAGGCGUUAGAGCGAGGGAACGAGAGACCGAUCGAAGAUGUCCGGCCGCGGGAAGCAGGGCGGGAAGGCGCGGGCCAAGGCCAAGUCGCGCUCGUCGCGGGCCGGGCUGCAGUUCCCCGUGGGCCGUGUGCACCGGCUGCUGCGCAAGGGCAACUACGCGGAGCGGGUGGGCGCCGGCGCCCCGGUGUACCUGGCUGCCGUGCUGGAGUACCUGACGGCCGAGAUCCUGGAGCUGGCGGGCAACGCGGCCCGCGACAACAAGAAGACGCGCAUCAUCCCCCGCCACCUGCAGCUGGCCAUCCGCAACGACGAGGAGCUCAACAAGCUGCUGGGCAAGGUGACGAUCGCGCAGGGCGGCGUGCUGCCCAACAUCCAGGCCGUGCUGCUGCCGAAGAAGACCGACAGCCACAAGGCGAAGAGCAAGUAAAGCGGGCUCGGAGAAUCGUCCCGAGCAUAAAAGUCAAACCCAAAGGCUCUUUUCAGAGCCACCCACAGUCUCGAUAAGGAGCUGGAGUUUAUGGUUCUGUGAAACUAGAGCCGUGCUUUUUUAGUUUUGGGGAGCGUAGGGUGUCUCUGUCAAAGGAAGAGACCGAUUAGAUUGCUCCUCGCUGCAGCAGCCCCCUGUCCCAUUUUCUUUGCCCAGGCGCUCAUGC